AUGAAGUGUGCUUUCUUCUCCUCUGCAGAUAUGACCUGUUAUGAUACAAACUACCAUGGGUUUUUGCACAGUGGUGUUAGCGCCUGGGCUCGCUCAUGGUUUGCUUUUAUGUAUGAAGCUUUUGACAUGGAGAAAGCUCAUGAUACUGUUCCUUGUGGCUGCACUGUCAGCACAGAGCACUGGGAGAGGCCUGUGGUGGUUGGACUGUAA